AUGAUAAGAUUAAAUUUAUUGGCAGGCUAAGUUAAAGAAAAGAUAGCUUAAAUUGACCCAAUGGAAUAUUUAUCAUUGUACGAUUUAUUGACUCCUGAAGAAUUGGAAGUGCGAAAGGCGGUUGAAGCAUUUGUCUAGAAAGAGGUUGCUCCUAAAAUAAAUGAUUAUGUAGAAGCUGCCUAAUUCCCCACAGAAAUAGUUAAUGCUGUCAAACCAUUAAAAUUAUUCCAUCAUUUUUUAAAUAAGCCAUAUGGUCAUGGGACUUCAUACACUAAAUAAGGAGUAAUUUUGAUGGAAGCAGCAAGAGCAGAUGCAGGUUUUGCUACAUUUAUUGCAGUUUAAAAUUUGCUAUUAAACUAUACAUUAGAGAAGUUCGGCAACGCAACUUAAAAGCAAAAGUAUUUAACAAAAACUAGAGAUGUUGAGUAUAUCGGUGGAUGGGGAUUGACAGAAAGAGGAUAUGGAUCCGAUGCUUCAAGUCUAACUGCAAAUGUUAAAAAGGUUUAAGGAGGCUAUAUUUUAAAUGGAGAUAAAAGAUGGAUUGGAAACGGAAAUAAGGAUGUAUUGAUAGUUUGGGCUAGAAAUCUAGAUACAAACAAAGUGGAAGGAUUCAUUGUUGAAACAAAAUGGCCUGGAUAUCAUGCAGAAGUAAUCCAAGGCAAAUUAGCAUUAAGAAUAGUUUAAAAUUGCUAAAUCACAUUUACAAAUAUAUUUAUCCCAGAUGAAAAUAAAUUAGAAUCUGUAACUGAUUUUUAAAAUGGACCUAAUUAAGUACUUAUGCAUUCAAGAGUUAUUGUGCCUUGGAUAGCCUUAGGAGUUAUGAGAGGUGUUUAUGAACAUUCAUUAAAAUGGACUACCUCAAGAAAACAAUUUGGAAAAUAUCUAGCAUCAUUUUAAUUAUAAUAGGAGAGAUUAGUGAGAAUACUAUCCACAUUUUAAGCAUCAUUUUUAAUGGUUUUAAGAUUAUCAAGAUUGGCUGCAGAAGGUAAAGCUACUAUUGGGAUGAUCUCAAGUGUUAAGGCUUGGGUAACAGAUAAAACAAGAGAAGUAGCAAGACUUGGAAGAGAAAUGCUUGGAGGUGAUGGCAUCAUAUCAGAUAAUUAUGUGAUUAAAGCGUUAACUGAUGCUGAAGUUCUAUAUACAUAUGAAGGAACUUAUGAUAUCAAUAGUUUAGUUGCUGGUAGAGAAAUCACAGGAAUUGGAGCGUUUAAGUGA